AUGAUGAUGGCGCAGCCGUUUCCUGCCCAUCAAGGCAUCCCACAACAUCCUGGGCUGCCUCCUGGUCAUCCGAUGGCUCCCGGUCAGCAUCCGAACGCUCAUCCCGGCGCGGGAAUGGUACAGGGGGUUCAUCCAGGCGUGUCGGCGCCAGGCCCUCAGGUCACUCAGGGUGGACCGAUGAUGGCUGGAAUGCCUCCAGGAGCCGGGACCACAGGCCCAGGUCCUGUGCAGGCUCACGCACUUUCUCAUUUGGGGCCGGCGCAGGCGCAUUUGUUCCAACAACCGCAAUUCGCUCAGACCUUUGCCAAUAACCCCCAAUUGUUGCAACAACACCAGCAACAGCAGCAAAUCCUUCGCCAACGGAUGAUGUUUCAACAACAGCAGGCGCAGCAGCAACAGCAUGCAGGCCUCCCCGUCUCAUUACCCAACGGCACACAAGGGCUUAACGCGGCCCAAAUCGCGGCCAUGCAGGCGAACCCGGCAAUGCGACCGGUCAAUCUACAAAUGCACCUUCACCAGAUGCCCCACGGGCCCCAGAACAUUCAGCAACAGCAGCAGCAGCUUUUCGCUAUGCAACAAGUGCAACAGGCCCAACAGGCACAUCAAGCGCAGCAACAGGCUCAGCAAGCUGCUGCUGCCGCGGCCGCGGCCGCGGCCGGCCAACAGGGUCAGCACACUCCACAGCAGCGGGCAGCCGCGCAACCCCAGACCAUGCACGACGCGCAAAGCGUGACACCUCAACCUCAGCCCCCGCCGCAUCAGGGCAGCAGUACCCCUCAGUCGAACCCUCCGCGACCCUCAUCCACACAGCCUCACCAGCAGCCCGGUGCUGCUCCCCAACCGCAGCAGACACCUAACCCCGCUCCUCAGCAGCUGCCCCAAGCCCAGCAACCGGGCCAGCAGCAGCAGCAACAACAACAGCAGCCGCCGCAACCCCAACUGCAGCAGGGUCAACCACAGAAUCAGCAACCGCAGAUGACGCCCCAGGAGGCGCAACUGAAGGCCCAACAAAGUCAGAACCAAGCCGCAAUGAUGAUGCAGCAGAGGAUGGCGAUGAAAAACGCGUCCAUCCUGUGUCUCCACACAUUCGCGGAGCAUCUGAGUAACUUUAGUAGCCGUGGUGAGGUACAGGACUUGCUAUACUGGCAGGCAUUUGUGGAUCGAUUCUAUUCUCCCAUGGGGGUUCUGCGACAGGGCGUGUACAACCCGCAGGCCGGCUCGAAACAGUUUGAGAUUUCGACACCGGCCUUGGCCCGAUACUACCUGACUCAAUUUACCAGUGGCAUUCGGCAGAUCCAAAUGCUUGUCGAAGGCGCACGUGAGAGAGAUUCGCCAAACGGGGGACACAUCGUGGAGAGUCCCAAGACAUCGUUCAUCUACUGGUUCACCAACGAUUCUCAGCUCUUUACCAACGGAACUCUUCGGGCUCACUUUGACCACAACAACAAGAUUGAAAUGCUUGACAUUGUGGUGAUGAACCACACCGAGUUUCUUCCGCGCAGCCAGCUCCAGGCGUUGGAAAUAUUUGAGCAAAAGCAGAGCCCCAAAGUGUCGAAGAACAUGGGUAAACGGGGACAGCAGAAACAAGCCCCGCAAAUCACCCCAUCUUUACCGGAAUCGAUGGUGACGGCCAACGGGGUGCCCACCGCCGUCAUGAGUUUCUUGGAGGUUGCGGAGACGAUCUCUCACAUGCAGAUGCUCUUUCAGUUCUCACAGCAGAACCCGCAGCUUUCUCCGCCCGAGGCGCUGCGGAACCUGGUGAACACGCUGCAGAGCCAGAAUUCGAAUCCCGGAUAUAUGCCGGGGCCGAUCAACCAAGCCAUGCAGCAGGCACAGAAUCCUCGAGGACCCCACAUGAACGCACCUAACCAGUUCGCUUCUCCUGCCAUGGCUCAUCUGGGCUUGCCGGCGCAGGGGUCUCCGCAUCUCUCGGCGCACCCCAGUCCCGCCCAGAGUCACCUCGCCGGCCCUCCAGGAAUGGUACAGCCAGGCCAGAUGCCCCCCAACGUCGGGCAGGUGACGAGUGCUAGUGCUAGUCCGCAAGUCAGUUCAAAACGACGACGGGCUAGCACGGUCAAGGUGGAGAACGAUGAAUCUGGCGGUGCUCCCGAACUCAAUGGGACUGCUCCUCAAGGGGUGAACAAAGUACCCAAGGCCAGUCCUCGGUUCACUGGGAAACGACAGAAGGGCACUGCUUAA